CAACAGGACGCUAACAAAUGGCUGCCUAUUGGGCAUGUCAUGCACUACCAAGGGUGUAACAGCAAUUCGUUUAUUCCCUUGGUAGUGCGCGUGUACAGGUAGUAGGCAGCUAUUUGGAAGACGGGUCAAGUCGGAAGUAGCUCUAAAACGUGACUGUUCUUGCAACAUGUUUAAAAGUGCGAUAAACGAAGCCAUUUAUCGCGAUUUAUAGCCAACGAAGACCUGACAGUCGAAACGUUGCGCUUUCAAUAAAUAGUCGUUUGGAGCGGUGACUUCAGUAUGUGGAUAUUACUCUUCUUUUUUCGAUAAAUGAACCCAACCACCUUUUUUUCUGGACCGAAAACUAUGGCAUGUAAAGUGAAGAAGAUAUCGGUGGCAUUUGAUCCCUUAAAUGAAAGCAGCACAUUUACUAAUGGAGACUACAUCUCUGGACGAGUAACUUUGGAGGUGGUGAAGCAAACUCACAUCGAGAGUCUGUUUGUCAAAGCCAAAGGCAAAGCAUCUGUGCUGUGGUCUGAAAAUCACGGGAAAUACAGCACAUCUGUGUAUUACGAUAAAGAAACGUGCUUUAAGUCAAUUCAAUACUUCAUUGAAGAAAAUAAGAGAAACGGUGAAGAUGGAUACUCGCUGUUAACAAAUGAGUCUGGGCAGUGCUACUCAAGAACUGUUGAACCUGGAAUCCAUGUUUACCCAUUCACCUUUCAGAUUCCCCGUCAUGACCUGCCUGCAUCCUUCAAAGGCUGCCAUGGAAAGGUGGUUUACUUUUUAGAGGCCAAAUUGUCCAGGUCAAUGUCAAUGUCAAAAAAAGCCAAAGUACAUUUCAACUAUGUUCCUCGGGGAGACAUGUCUAUACCGUACUUGAUGAUGCCUCAGCAUGGAUAUAAAGAGAAGAAGUUUAAAUUCCUCACAUCUGCGAGUGUGGCCAUGGAUGUUUAUACAGAGAAGAUGGGUUUCCACUUAGGUGAGGAAAUGAAGGUGAAGAUAGACAUUGUAAACAAUUCCUCUCGUACAGUCAAACCCAAGUUCAGCUUGUACCAGAAGCAGAGCUUCUUCGCCUCAAAGAAAAGAAAAGUACACACCAAAGUAGUCCUGAAAGAGAAAGGCGACCGCAUUGAUCCAUCAACCAAGCAGUCUGUGACCAAGGUGUUGAAGAUUCCACCAGACACCUGUGUUUCCAUCCUUAACUGCAGGGUUCUCAAAGUGGAGUACAAACUGAAGGUCUAUCUGGAUAUAAAAUUUGCACGUGAUCCACAAAUUAAACUGCCUCUAGUGAUUUUUCCUGCCUAUGUGACCCAGGAAGACAAAGAUGUAGCAAAUACAGAAAUGGGCAUUGGCUCCAAAUCAUGAAUCAGCAAGCAGACUUGAUUAACUCUGACCUACAAGUUCCUUCUGAGUACAGUGACAAAAAUGAGCACUUUUUAAAUACUUACGAUUCAAAUGGCACUAUGCGUUGUGUUCUGGGGUUAAGUGCCUAGUUCAAGCACUUAACCUUGGACCAAUUACACUUUAUUAGUUGAUUACAUUAUAUGGAAUGUCAUGUGAUACUGUGAAAUGGUUCCCCUAAACUAUACGUCAGAAAAGUUUGAUGUUUUUCUACCUUUAAUACUUGCAUAUAAUUGAAGAGGAUUCAUUAUAUUUAUACUCAAUGGAUAACAUACUGUAAAUUUUCUAUUACCUUUCUAUUACAGUUACAUACUUAACUGAUACCUUUCUAUUACAGUUAUAUACUGUAUUCGUGCAACAAUUAAAUGUUUUUUUUUCUUUUCAGUUAGUUGAUAUUACAUCUUAGCUUUGGGAUUAUUUAUUUAUUUAUUUAUUUUUUAACUGAAAUCUGUGAUCACUGUCUUAAAGUAUCACAGUGAUGUCUUAAAGUCAUCACUGUACACACACAGAAAUCCAGCUCAUUGUACGAGUACCAAAUUAACUCUAUGCAUGAUCACUUCCGUUUUCGUUAUUACCGAUAUCUGUGUGAAGAUGGCGCAGGAGAGUAUGACAUAUUACACCCGCUGUCUACAAGACCUUCCCCAGAUUACCGUGAAUGACGUUAAUCGUAUUGUGAAGCAGUCAGCUUUUACACUCAACAGUAAGAUAUAGAAGGGUGUCAAAUUAUAUAUUUCGAGAUAUAUCAACAACUUUGAGGGUGUAUAUUCUCAUGGUAUAUCAGAUUAGCAAAUCUAACUAAGUCUCAGUUUCUGACAGUUCAUACCUGUCUGCAUUAUUUGUAUUUAUUUAUCUAAUUAAAAUUUACUUCAUGCAAUAAAUUAUCUACUACUACUAUUAUACUAUAAUAGUUUAAUCGUAUGAACGUUUUUCUGCUAGUACACUUCACUAUAGGAAGGCGCUAUAUGGAAGUAAAGUCGCUGUCUGAGAUUCUACCAGAAAUAUGUAAGCAGCGUUUGUGCAUAGAGUCUAUUGAGUUCUCAUUAGCAGCUUAUUACACUUGGACAGUCAAAUAAAUACACACACAUUAUGUCAAAAUGCAGGUCUGGCCAAGUAUUCAUGUAAACACAGUCGGUUAUGUCUUAAGUGAAUGUAAACAGUUGGGGGGAAAUAAAAUAUGUGUCAAUACAGUAUAUUGGAUCUGUGCAUUAGGUCUUAAAGUGACUGCAGUCUAAUAAAAUUGCUGCUGUCUGUGUCAUUAAUCAAACAACAAAAGACAGAGAAAAUCACUCACUCACUCAUUUGACUGAAUAACUUCAGUAACUUUAAUAAGAAUCACUGUAUAUGUCAUGCAGUGAAGUCUUUUAUUUUACAUUUAAUUGCUUCAUUCAAUUUCUGUAGUAUUUCUUCCUUGAAUACUAAUAAGACUGUAGUCAUAUCGCCCACCCCUAAGUAUUAGCAUUUGGUGAUUUCAGUCUUGAAUUUCACGUAGAAUGUAAAAUGUACUUCUUUAUGUAGUAAAUAUCAUAAACCCUACUGAUAGGGAUUUUUUUCUCUUAAUUUUUGGAAUUAAAAUGAAAAAAAAGUUACAAGAACAGAUC